CCGGGGUGAUCACAGCAUUCAGCACGGUGAAGGCCGCUCUAUAUUGCGGAAGAGAGUUUCAGCUUUUAUAAUGUAAGUUCCCUGUCCGACAAGCGUUGUUCAUCGCUCUACAGAAGGUGAAGGAAUAUGACGUCGACAUCAUCAUCCGGAGAAAUAAUGGUACCUCAAGAAGACGUAACCUGCAGGCUGUGCAAACAGCCUUUCGUCACCCCAAAACUUCUGACGUGUCUCCAUUCGUUCUGCCAGCUUUGUAUUGAAGAACGUCUUACAACCGAGGGCGGAGAACAUGUCUUCCAAUGUCCUCUGUGCAAGCAUCAAACACGAUUACAGACGAAAUCAGCGAGCUCUCUAACAACAAACUUCUAUGUACUCGGGUGUCAAAGGGUGUAUGCUUGUCGCACGUCAAAAGCAUCAGGCUGCGUGGUUUGUUCAAUGAAAGGCGACUUUUCUGAUUCAACUCACCAUUGCCUGGAUUGUGGCGACAAACUUUGUGAAACAUGCUCCAAGGGACAUAACUCUUCAACUCUUACUGCAACACAUCGAGUUGUCUCCCUUGAUGAGAUCAGGCAAGGUCAGUAUGAUAAACACCUUUUUAAAAAAGAGGAGCAGAUGUGCGCAAAACAUUGCGAAGGAUUGAACAUUUUCUGCCAUACGUGUUCUGAAGCACUCUGUGUGCAGUGUGCUUUUGCUGAACACACGAAACACCAGUUUGACACUGUAGAGGAAGCAGCUGAAAAGAGACGUCAGUCCAUGAAGCAGGCACUGACAAUGGUGGUAGCCACGUCUUCCAAUAUCCAGACCUCUGCCAACAAACUACAAGCAGAGAUAGAUCAGUUGAACAAAGAGGAAGAGAUAUUUGUAAGUGACCUGACUUCAUCAGUUGAGGCAGUGAUGGAGAAGAUCAGGAAGAAGAGCUCUGAGGUGUUGGAGAAGGGCAGGAGAAGUUUUGAGGACGAGAGGAUGAAGAGACAAAGGAUGCUGGAGUUGAUGAAUUCUGAGUCUGAAAGGAGGGAGGAGAUUGUCAGAGUGUGUCGACAGGUGGAAGAGGGUGGUGGGUUGACGCUUCUACUGCUUUUCCAAACACUCCAGCAAGGGUUGAAAGAAUUUGCAAAGGCAGUUAACAGUGUGUCAUGGAGGGGGGAUCUGACCACAUACAAGGUGAAAAUAAACCUUCCGCUUGACACAGAAUUUAUUACUUUUCGAGAAGUACGAAUGGUCGACGAUGUGCCAGGUUUCCAUGCAGGUCCUGAGCUUACCCCCCAGUCUUCCAAGCCCGAAUUGCUCAAUGAAACAACGAAAAUGCAAGCCACACAUUCCACAAGUUCUAGCACACAACAAGACCGGACAACUGUCACAACAGCCAAAGAUGAGGGGAAUGGUGAAGUUGUGGGAGCGAAAGAUUCGUCAGCGUCAACAGAAUUCCUGGAGAUAAACCUGCACGAGAUAGAUGCAACAGCUGGAGGGGUUUUACCAUACAAGCGUCAGUUCAGCACAAAAGUCAGUACUGAUAAAUCACAAGCUAGAAUAAGUUCCAUGGCUCUUAAAAGUGAGGGUAGACUUUUGGUUUUGGACGAAUCAAAUGCAAAACUGAAAGAUUUCCAUGAAGAUGGUAAACUUAUUAUCUUAGUGAAUCAGGAUGGAAAAUGUGAUCUUUUCAAGCAGUUUGUGUGUGUUGAUAAUGACAACAUUUGUGCUAUCUAUGAAAACCUCCUUGUUAUAUUAACAAAGCAUUUGCAGGUUGUGUCGAAAACACCCUUGCUUCCAAAAGGAGAAAUGACCUGUGGUCCCAUUGUCGCUAACUUUGGGAAGCACAUCCUUAUCGGUAAUCUGCCAAACAAGGAGAUGCGGGUCAUGACGACAACAGGGAAGGUGGUCAGAAGUUGGACGAGUCAGGUCAAGGGCGCGAUGGAAUCCUUUCGCUACGUAGCAGAUGAUAUAGUGAUCGUGUGCUCUUGGCGAGGGAAAGGGUCUGUGUGUCUCGAGUCAGAGAAGGGCGGCCCUUUCCUCAGGAUCAACGGACACAAACGGAAUGGCAUGAAAUGGCGGCCGUCGGACGCCAUCUUUGGUGCAAAUGGACGUAUCAUAGCGUCUGAUAUGCACAGGAAUGAGAUCCUGAUUUUCGCCCCUGAGGGUAGAGCUCUGUGUGUAGUUGAUACAAUGCAGAACAGUGUGUCUGAACCGCGUUGUGUGAUUUUGGAUAAGGGUGGCAAAGUGUAUGUUUCCUUCAAAGGUGGCAUGGUUGCUGUUUACAAAAUAGCGUGAUCUAUGUGAGAUCUUAGAGAUGAAUCUGAGAAUUGUUUGAUGUGUGUGAGAUCUUA